AUACUUGAACAUGGAUUUUCCAAAAUACCAACACACACAUUUUCAUGCAUAUCAGCAAACAAUUUUAAAUAUAAACACUAUCAUUACCAAUGGCCUCUCUCCAAAACUCCAACUUGGAAACCCAAAUCUCUGAUGAGUUGCUGGUUGCUCGAAUUACAGAAAUUCAUGGCGCCAUAUCUAAGCUUGAAUCAUUAAGACCUUCAAAGCAAGUGAAUAGCUUAUUUUCUCAUCUUGUCUGCCUCUGCAUCCAACCUUCUUCUAUAGACAUUACCUCCUUAUCCAAAGAAGCUCAAGAAAUGCGCAAAAGCCUUAUCGUAAUAUGCGGCCGAGCUGAAGGUCUAUUAGAGCUUGAAUUUGCAACAUUCUUGAUCAAAGUUAAUAACCCUUUAGACAACCUUAAUCUUUUCCCUUAUUAUGGAAACUAUGUGAAGCUAGCCAACUUGGAAUGUACAAUUCUAAGCGAAAACGGUGUCGUGGAGCCCAAGAAAGUAGCAUUCAUAGGGUCUGGACCAAUGCCUCUAACUUCAAUUAUACUGGCAACCCAUCAUUUGAAAUCGACUCACUUCGAUAAUUACGAUAUCGAUGAGGCGGCUAACAAUGUGGCUCGUCGGAUUGUGGGUUCGGAUAGCGAAUUGGAGAAGAGAAUGAAGUUUGAGACGUGUGAUGUGAUGGAAGUGAAAGAGAAAUUUAGAGAUUAUGAUUGUAUUUUCUUGGCUGCUUUGGUGGGGAUGACCAAAAAAGAAAAAAUGAAAAUUGUGGGACAUGUAAGGAAAUAUAUGAAGGAAGGAGGGAUAUUGCUGGUAAGAAGUGCAAAUGGCGCGAGAGCUUUUCUUUACCCUGUUGUUGAAGAAAAUGAUUUGCUUGGUUUUAAGAUUCUAUCCAUUUUUCAUCCGACUGAUGAUGUGGUCAACUCGGUUGUUCUUGCUAGGAAACCUGAGUUUCUAAAGUAGGUUUAUAUGCCUUAUUUUAUGGGUUUUUCUUCUUGCAAAAAUUGUGUUUGUUUUUGCUUUUCCUUUUCUUUUCUUUUGGAGUGUUAUUAACAAUGUUUUGUAUUUGAA